AUGACAAUGGCCAUGUCUAGUAUUUCAAAAGCAAUAAGGGCAAGCAAAAGAGUUAGAGGAAUGGAGGUGAGCCCAAUGGAAGGAGAUGACGAAGAAGGAAAUCAAGUCAACGAGCAAGAGGCGGACGGAAACGAAGAUAAAGGAAAGAAGAGGCAAGAGGUAUCAAGAGCUAGAAUAGAAUCACAGACGACAGAGAACGACCAGGUACCCCUAGCUUCAACUUCAGAGAAUCGAUUGAACCCGUCCUUCAUAGCACAUGUACCGAUCCCUUUCCCAGCCCCACCGAACCCAAACCUAUCCGCUCCUUUGCCGAGAGAAGGUACUACACAAUCUUCAUCAGACAUCGACGACCUACCAGACAACUUCCGAGACGACGAAAGUCAAGAAAAAGGCUCAACGAUAUCAGAAGCCUCUGACAUCGGUAGAGACAGAAAAAUAAAUAGCUCGUCCUCAUCUCACGAUUCCUCCAAGGAAACGGACCAAGGAUACGAUUCAGAUUCAAGUUCUAGUUCGAAUAGCAACGACAGUGACAGCGACACAAGUUCUUCAAGCUCCGAGAGCGAGUCAGAGGAUUCAAAUGAUUCAGGCAGCUCGGAAGAUCAGAGAAAGAAAGAAAAAAAACGGAAAAGAUCUAAGAAACUGGAAAAAGAAUUGAUGAAAGCAAAAGAGAAGAUAAAAGAAUUAGAAAACCCUUCAAAAGGAAAAUCGUCAUCGAAAAAGAAGAAAGAUUCCAAAAAAGACUCGAAGAGAGCACAGAAAAAGAAGAAAAGUAGCAAGAAGAAGGGUAUUCAAGUUGAUAUAGGUGUGAUCCCGGAAUCGAAUCUAAUUCAACUACAGCCAUUCUGGCGAAAACAGAUGAAAAAACUAGAAUCCUCAAUUCCACUUACAGUUUUCGACCAAGGCUUCGCAAGAGCAGAUAAAGAGGAAUACGAGAAGCAACAUCAUUCAUCAUCAUCAAAGACAUCAAAAAAUAAAGGUUUAAAUGCACCAUCCAAAUUUAAGAUGACUUAUGGCGAAUGGACAGAAAAUAUAAGUUUGUUCAAAAGAUACUUAAUUCAACACAAUCAAAGCGAAGUUGCAAAGAGACUUAAGUACCACAUAAAGAAUGUGAAGCAAGUAAAGAGAUUGACGGAGUGCUGGAUGACAGCACUGCGAUACGACAUAUUGUGUAGAAGACACAUAUUCGUGGAACGGAUAGAGAAAGAACCGAUUAAAGAUAUAGGAACAUUCAUGAAACGCUAUGAAGACAAAGCGAAGGAUAAAUCAUUAUCAUUCGGAGAAGCGAACGGCGGAGAGACAAACCCGUACACAAAAGGAGGGAAACUAGAAUUUAAGCACCCAGAAACGGGGCAAAUGUUCCAAACGAACCAAGGAGGAACUUCCAACCCACAAAUACACCAAACAAAUACUAGUGGUACCGGACCACCAGCAACCUCCUUCCAAAGCAGAGGAAAUAGGGGAGUAUGGAGAGGUGGAAGAGGAGGUAUAGGAAGAGGAACUGGAAGACAGGGUCAGAACGAGACGUAA